CAUGUUGACAUGCUUGAGGAGGACCCAAUAUCUCGGGAUUUGAAAUUGUUUGCCGAUGGACCAGACAUCAUUGGAGUUUCCUACGAAAGAUAUGUUGUAAAUGGUUUUCGAUUUCAUACUAGCGAAUUGGAGCACAAAAGAAAAACACAAAACAGCGGAAUAUCUGUGAAAGUAGCGACAUCAAGCUAUUCUAGCACACGAGAUGAAAAUCCUAUACUAAGUGAGUUGGAUUAUUAUGGAGUUUUAACUGAGAUCAUUGAACUACGUUAUGUUAACCGUCAAGUUGUGUUAUUUGGAUGUGACUGGGUUUCAAAAGGAAAACGGUUAAAACAAAAUAUUAAUGGGUUUACAAUUGCUAACUUCACAAAUAUUAUACGACACGAAGAGCCUUUCAUUCUAUCUUCCCAAGCUACACAAGUGUUUCAUGUAGGAGAUCCAGUUGAUACUGAUUGGCAUGUUGUUAUAUCUACAAGAGCUAGAGGUGUUUACAAUAUGGAGCCACUGGCAGAUGUUAAAAAACCUAUCUGCAAAGCAAUUUCUGUAGUCCUACAGUUCAAAAUGACAUUGAAGAAGUCAAUUGGAUAUGUGAAGAUAUGGAAGGAGUUGAAGUUAACGUUUUUUCUUGAAGAUUUUGUUAUAGGUGUAUUUUGUUCCAGUGACAAAUAGUAUAUUAUUGGUUGUCGGAUUUAGCAAUCUGGAGGAAUCUAUUACUGU